GGAGGGGUGAGAACUCAAGAAACACGCGACCCGGGCGCCUUCCGUCCUUUCUCUUUCCUUCCCUCCCUUUCCUUCCCUCGCCAGCCACUCGCUCUCAGACAGAGGGCGCUUUAGCCAUGCCCGCCCGCCCCUGCGGUUACCGCUGCCGCACAGCUCCACGCGUUAGAGAGGCUCCCGCUGCCCGUCUUCUGCUAGCGCUGCUGCCACUGACAAGGCACCCGAAGAAGCGAGGAGGGAAGUGAAGCCGGCUAAUGCCCCUACUCAGCUGGCUGGCAUAGAGCCCCCUGGUGGGGCUGGGGGCUGAAGAGGAUACUUUCCACCUUUCUUUUGCCUUGGAAAUUCCGCUGACCUCUCUCAGCUCCCGGGGGAGCCCGGUUCGAUGUCCGGUUUCUUAAUGUCCCUUUUUUCCUAAUCAUCCCCACGCAACUUUGGAAGAAGACAAACGGAAGGAAAAAAGAAAACGCGACCGCCGAGCAAACGAGCGAGCGGGCCAGCCAGCGGGAGAAGGGGCGGGAGUGGAUUUCGUGGCCCCUUCCUUUGCUCCAUCCCGGGGAACCCGCUGCUUAAAAGGUCUGCCAAGCGAGUGCCAGGACCGGACGGGAGCCCCACAGCGUCAACCAUACGCUGUCUUUACGGCUUCUGCGGUCCCGCUUGCCGCCUUUUGCACAAUGCACUUGCUGGGAUUAUUCUCUUUGGGUUACUAUCUGGCUGCUGCUGCUGUCGUGCUGUUACUCGCUCGCGAGCCUGCGAUAGCCGCUGCCUACGAAUCCGGGCAGGGCUACUAUGAGGAGGAGCCCGAUUUGGGGGAGGCAAAGAAUUAUGAAAAUAAAGAGUUGGAAGAGCAGUUGCGGUCAGUAUCAAGUGUGGAUGAACUCAUGACAGUGCUUUAUCCAGAAUAUUGGAAAAUGUUCAAAUGCCAGCUGAGGAAAGGGGGUUGGCCACAUAGGGAGCAAUCCAACUUUGAUGGAAGAACAGGGGAUUCAAAUCCAAUAAAAUUUGCUGCAGCACAUUAUAAUACAGAGAUCUUAAAAAGUAUUGAUAAUGAGUGGAGAAAAACUCAAUGCAUGCCACGUGAGGUAUGUGUAGAUGUGGGAAAAGAAUCUGGAGCAACAACAAACAUCUUCUUUAAACCUCCAUGUGUGUCCGUCUACAGAUGUGGAGGUUGCUGCAAUAGUGAAGGGCUGCAGUGUAUGAAUAUCAGUGCAAGUUACGUCAGCAAAACGUUGUUCGAAAUAACUGUGCCCCUCUCUCAUGGUCCCAAACCUGUAACAAUAAGUUUUGCCAAUCAUACUUCCUGCCGAUGCAUGUCCAAACUAGAUGUCUACAGACAAGUUCAUUCAAUUAUUCGACGCUCCUUGCCAGUGAUACAAGCACAGUGUCAAAUAACAAAUAAAACUUGUCCAAAAAGUCUUAUUUGGAAUAAUCACUUAUGCAGAUGUCUGGCACAACAUGACUUCAGUUUCUCCUCCUAUCCACCAGAUACUGAUACUGCUGAAGGAUACCAUGAUAUCUGUGGGUCUAACAAGGAACUUGAUGAAGAAACCUGUCAGUGUGUCUGCAAAGGAGGAGUGACACCUUCUAGCUGUGGAAUUCACAAAGAACUAGACAGAACAUCAUGCCAAUGUACAUGUAAAAAUAAACUGCUUCCUAGCUCUUGUGGACUGAACAAAGAGUUUGAUGAAGAAAAGUGCCAAUGUGUGUGUAAAAGAACAUGCCCUAAACACCAGCCAUUAAACCCUACAAAAUGUAUUUGUGAAUGUGUAGAAUCACCAAACAAAUGCUUCUUGAAAGGAGAAAGAUUUCAUCACCAAACAUGCAGUUGCUACAGACGACCAUGUACAGUUCGAAAGAAACGCUGUGAUUCUGGAUUCUAUUAUAGUGAAGAAGUUUGUCGCUGUGUACCGACAUACUGGAAACUACCACUUAUCAAUUAGAAAAGACAGUUCAUCUGAUGUACAUUUUUUCCUGUUUCUACUUUUUAAAAUACUGGACUGCUAACGUAUGGAUUUACAAUGCAGAAGAGACGUAACGUUAUUGGAAACAGACACAUUUUUACUCUGAAACACAUGGGAAGUAAUUUUUUUUAAAAAAACCUGGGAUUUUCUUCUUGGAGAUUAUAAUUUGUCAUUGAUGAAGCAGACUAAAUUUUCUUCAUUGUGAUUUUUUUUAAAAAAGAUAAUGAUUACAUAAUUUAUUUUCUUUUAAAGAUACUGUAUGCAAUCCUUUUUUAUACCAGAAACAAUUUUUAAAUUUCACUGUGAUCAAUAUUUUUAUAUCUUGCAAAACAUGUUUUAAAUAAAAUGGAAGUGUAUUAUAUGUUGUUUGAGUAAAUGCAGCAUUCUGUCCUGUUAAUAUGUUUAAAUGUAAUUGAUAUAACAGAAAAACAUAGUUGGGAGGAAUCUUGGAAGUCAGAGAUCCUAUACCAGUGGUGGCGAACCUAUGGCACGGGUGCCAGAGGUGGCACUCAGAGCCUUCUUUGUGGGCACGCGU